AUAUCUUGCUGGUACGAUUUGGUAUGGUGGUGGAUACUGCUGGUGCCAAAGAGCACUUAAAUACUUGCUUUUGAGAUCCAAGCUCUGUUCCCGCGCCACCACUCCAAACCAAUCCCGGAUGCGCGCGGCGGCGGAGGCGGCGGCGUCAUCUUUGGACCCGGCGCGGCUCCACGCGGUGCUGAUCAAGACGGCGUCGGGCGACCGCGCCGCCCACCACCGCGUGCUGUCCCUCUACCCGGCGUCCUCCUCCGUCCGGCUGCUCCUCCGCCACCUCCCCUUCCCCCCGACCCACGUCUCCUGGACCGCCGCCCUCUCCUCCCUCUCCCGCUCCCGCUCCCCGCCGUCCUCCGUCUUCCUCCUCCUCCGCCUCAUCCUCCGCAGCUCCCCUCCUCUCCUCCUCUCCGAUGGCGCCGUCUCCGCCGCUCUCAAAUCCCUCUCCGUCUCCAUCUCCGUCUCCGUCUCCCUCCGCCUCGCACUCCCACUCCACUCCCUCGCCCUCAAGCUCGCCAUCGCCCGCCUCCCCUUCUCCGGCUCCGCCCUCGUCUCCCUCUACGCCAAAUCCCGCCUCCCCUCCCACGCGCUCAAGGCGUUCGACGAUAUUCCCCACCCGGACCCCGCCUGCUUCGCCGCCGCCAUCGUCGCCCUCGCGCAGAACCGCCGCCCCGCCCCUGCGCUCGCCCUCUUCGCCUCCAUGCGCGCCCGCGGCGUCCGCUCCACAAUGUACGCCGUGUCCGCGGCCCUACGCGCCGCCGCCGACCUCGCCGCGCUCGACCUCUCCCGCUGCGCCCACGCCCACGCCCUCGUCGUCGGCCUCGACGCCGACCUCUUCGUCGCCACCGCCCUCCUCGACGCCUACGGCAAGGCCGGCCUCGUCGCCGACGCCCGCCGCCUGCUCGACGCGCUGCUCGGCGCCGCCAACCUCGUCACCUGGAACGCCAUGCUCGCCGCGCACGCGCAGCAGGGGGACCUGGACGCCGCCCUCGGCGUGUUCGGCGAAAUGCGCGAACGCGACCUCGCGCCAGACGAUUUGACCUUCCUCGCGAUCCUCACUGCGUGCAGCAACGCCGGCGCGGCGGAUGCGGCAGAGGAGUGGAUCAAGCUGAUGGAGUCGCGAUACGGCGUUGCGCCCGGCCUCGCGCACUACACGUGCCUCGUGGGCUCGCUGGCACGCGUCGGCCGUCUCGGCGACGCCGAGCGCGUCGCGCUGGCCAUGCCGUUCGCACCCGAUGCGGCUGUGUGGCGGACUCUGCUCUCCGGCUCCAUAAUUCACCGCCGGGCCGACAUAGCCGAAUCGUCGGGGCGGCGCCUGUUAGAGCUCGACCCGCAUGAUGAUUCAGCCUACGUCAUGCUCGCGAACGUAUGUUCAGCCACGGGGAGAAUGGACGAGGUGGCCAAGCUGUGGACGGCGAUGAGGGACCGCGGAGUGAAGAAGGAAGGCGGGCGGAGCUGGGUCGAGGUGCGAGGUGCAGUGCACGUGUUCGUCGCCAACGAGCGGAGGCACGCACGAACUAGCGAGAUCUAUGCAAAACUAGAGGAAUUGAUGCGAGAAGUGAAGAAGUUGGGCUACGAAGAAGAGGAUGCGGGGCUUCGGCACCACAGUGAGAGGUUGGCCAUGGCGUUCGCAGUGCUCAGCGGGGCCGCGCCGAAGGGGAAGGAGCUUAGAGUGGUGAAGAAUCUAAGGAUAUGUGGAGAUUGCCAUGAGCUUUUUAAGUAUGUGAGUAGGGUGAUUGAGAGGGAGAUUGUGGUGAGGGAUGUGAAUAGGUAUCACAGGUUCCAGAAUGGAUCCUGCACCUGCAGGGACUACUGGUGAAAUGCUGCUGUUUAAGGAAGCCAUAGAUUCUGUUUAUAUUCAUCGGCGCCAUUAUCGGAUUCUUUCGUUUUCGCAGGCCACCGGAUCAUACGAGACACCUGAUGACCAAAAGGGCUGAUGAAUGCGACACAAUCUGAAUCGAAACAUGUAUUAAGGACAGGAUUUGAACCUGUAAGAGCUGACCAAUUCUGACACAAACAGUACUUGUUGCGUAGAGCUCUUCUCUGAUCGAAAUCGGUUCAAUAUUUAAGAAUUAGAACUUCUACAUUUGACGCUCAUUCAGCUUUAUACCACAGCAAACGUUUCGGAGUGACUGCCAAACUAAUAGACACUUAACCACGAAGUCAAGGCGGCUUACCGUUGUCAAAAGCUAUUAUUUUUGGAUUGAGGUUUGGGGUUUCAAUUCAAAUGUGGCAAUGAACUGCACCAAAAUUCUGGGUAGGAAACCUGAUUGCAAAGAAAUUUGGGCAUGUCAGAGAUGGAUAAGUUCUUGCACAUUAUGUGUUGACAUAUUUGACCUAUUGAGAUUGUAGAGCUUGUUUCACUGGGAACCAAUAAGAGAGAGAGAGAUAUUGCUAUUGAAUUUUUCGGCCAAAUUAUAACAACAUGUUGCAACACCAUUGACAUUGUCACACUCAGAAGUAUCCAUGUUGUGUUGAUUCAGAUGCUAUUUUCAUUUUUUUGAUUCACUA